CCACAGGAUGAGGAUAACUCCUCUUUUUAUCUUGUAGAGCUGGCUGGGCUUGUCUGCCUCACCUUAAGGAACCCCCAGUUGGACCCUCCUGCUUUUCCGGCCCUCCCUCUCCACACAUGUCCCACAGGGGCGUCCGGCAGGGGAUUCUCCUGGCAUUCCUCUUGGCUCCCCUCCCGCCUGCUGGGGAGAGGGUCGGGACUUCUCGGCAGCGGCUCCACCAGUCAAUCUCCUCCUGGUAUCCCACCAUUCCGCAGGAGCGCCGGAGGAGGGGCACAUCAUCCGCUCACACCUGCACAGCUCCCAGGGGGAACCUCAGGGUGGCCACCAUGUCCCAGGCCACCACCUGCCUCAAGCGGCAGGGGGAUGGCGGGGAGAGUCCUCCACCGCUGCCACCACCACCAGGAUCCCCACACGUUUUCCCUCCAGAGACGCUGUUCCGACAGGCAGGUGGGGUCACCUACCGCAUUCCGGCUCUGCUCUACGUCCCCCUGGAUGAUUCCUUCCUGGCCUUUGCCGAGAAGCGCUCCUCGGCCCGGGACGAGGAUGCCAAGUACCUGGUGCUGCGGCGGGGCCGCCGGCACGGCACCUCAGUCAAGUGGGGUCCCAUGGAGGAGCUGUCAGCGUUGGCACUGCCCCGCCACCGCACCAUGAACCCCUGUCCUCUCUACGAUGCCAGGAGUGGCACUGUCUUCCUCUUCUGCAUCUGUGUGGAGCAGGGGAAGACAGAGCGGAGCCAGAUCCGGAGCGGAUGCAGCGCCGCACGCCUCUGCUUUGCCACCAGCGUCGACAGCGGCCGUGGCUGGAGCGCGCUGCAGGACGUGACAGACGAGGCCAUCGGCGCCGACCUGUCCCGCUGGGCCACCUUCGCCGUGGGGCCAGGCCACGGGCUACAGCUGGACUCAGGGCGGCUGGUGGUGCCGGCCUAUACCUACUACGUGCACGGCUGUCUGUGCGGGGCCCUGCGGCUGCCCUGCUUCACCUGCCAGCAUUCCCUUGUCUUCUACAGCGAUGAUGGCGGGCACCGCUGGCACAAGGGCGCCCUGCUGGGCGGCAAGCGGACGGGCGAGUGCCAGGUAGCCGAGGUUGGCGGCCCGUGGCAGCCUGUGCUGUACUGCAGCGCCCGGGCGCCACGGGGCUGCCGGGCCGUGGCGCUCAGCACCAACUUUGGGCUGAGCUUCCAGCAGCCGGUGCCGUGCGUGGCACUGGGCGAGCCGCCGGGGGGCUGCCAGGGCAGCGUGGUCAGCUUCGCUGCACCUGCCCGCUCCGCUGGGGCACCCACCUGGUUGCUCUACUCCCACCCCACUGACCGGCAGCGCCGGCGCAAUUUGGGCCUCUAUGUCAACCCCUCGCCGCUGGACGGGGCGGGCUGGCAGCAGCCCUGGGUACUGCACACUGGGCCGGCCGGCUACUCCGACCUGGCCGUCUGCCCUGGCGGCGUUUUUGGGUGCUUGUUCGAGAGAGGUGCCAGCAAUGCCUGCGAGGAGAUCACUUUCUGCCUCUUCACUCUGGAUCCCUCUGGCGAUCAGGACUUCAAGGCUUCCUAAAAUAGACCCGUUUUAAGCAGUGCGGUCACUCCUGAGCAUCGGCAGCCGGAUCCAGUGCAGCAGUGCUGAGAGCUCACUGGGAUAUUUCGAGUGCACUGGAGGCUCAAGGUUGUGUGCCUUUUAUUUAAUUUUGUCUUUUUAGUCACUCAUCAGAUAUUGUUGGUGACCUGCGGCAGUGGAGGAUCUGCUCUGGCUUGGCCGAGAGGGAUGCCAGCACAGCAUAGGAAAUGCCGCUGCUUCUCCAAAAAUCAGCAUUUUUCACCUGGUAGCAGCUGAAAAGCAGAAGGUGCCAGCAAGAGCAGCUGAUUCCCUGAGGGAAAAGUACCCAGAAAUCUUGGUUUAGUUAAAAAUAUUCCAAUUCCUGUGUUCCUGCACGUGGCAAAGGAUUCCCAGUUUUUACCAUUUUUUAUCCUGUUUUCUUCACUUGCCUGCUUAGACUGAGUUUCUCCCUGCCUCCUGGGUAAAAGCUCUGAAAUCUUGUUUGAGUGGUGGGGGAGAGGAGUGUUGAGAGGUGUUUCAUUCUGCUCCAUAGGGAACAGGUUGUAGCAUCCCGAAAGUGACAGUGACCUCACAUCUCCAUGCUGUUGUCAAAUAAAAUUCUCCCAAAACACGUGAAA